GGCCUCCUCUUCCCCCCCGAGCCGCCUUGUGCUCCGGAUCCUGGUCCCGAGUUUGGCCGCGGAACCCCCCAUUCAAAUCCCUUCCUGCUGUCAGGUGGCCUCCUCUGCCCCCCAGGUUACUUCCGCCGAGCCGGUAAUGCCCUGACUUCCAAUGUCACCUACGGCCCCCCUGGACUCAGCGAAGCCACAAAGUUUAAUGGAACGGAAAAGUCUGGAUUGGUUUCACAGGCCUUUUAAAAAGCGAACUUAAAAGUUGCUGGCAACGCAUUCCUGCUCAGUCUGCCUGGAGAGUAAGCUUUCUGCGAAGUCUGAGUGACCUGUGUCCUCUUCCGGAGAGCGGCGUAGGGUGGAGAAACCAAGGCAGUGGAAUGGUGACUUCCACAGGAGAAGCUUUGGAGAAGUAUCUGAAGAUGGUCAACGUUUCCUUUAUGCUUGGGAAUAGAAAUCAAUUGAGUUUCGUUGGUACUUUUCGACAACCUCUGUGAAUAUUUCGGUUUAAACUUUAACUUCUUGGAAAAGAGACUUGGUUCGUAGAGAAUACUUACAAUCAAGAAACUUUUGGGUUGCAGCGUAAUUAAAAUUGAUAAACUGUGGAAGUCAUUGGAACUCUUGUUUACAUGUGUCAGUCUGAACUCUGCUCCCUUUCUGUGUGGAAGACCCUUUUCUGAGAUUGGCCUCAGUUGCUGUCUUGGGGAGCUGCAUGAAUGUGAAAGCCCACUGACAGUUCUGGAAGACCUUGAACCCUCUUCUGGCAAGGGGUGCCUAUCAUUGCUUUAUGGGGCAGCAGCCUGGAAAAGUUCUUGGGGACCAGAGAAGGCCAAGUUUGCCUGCCCUGCAUUUCAUCAAAGGAGGAGGGAAAAAGGAAUCGUUGAGGCAUGGGGGUCCACACUGCAAUGUGUUUGUGGAACAUGAAGCGCUGCAGAGGCCAGUAGCAUCUGACUUCGAGCCCCCAGGCCUGACUGAAGCUGCUCGUUGGAACUCCAAGGAAAACCUCCUCACCGGGCCCAGUGAAAAUGACCCCAACCUGUUCGUUGCCCUGUAUGACUUCGUGGCCAGUGGUGACAACACUCUAAGCAUCACUAAAGGCGAGAAGCUCCGAGUCUUGGGCUACAAUCACAAUGGGGAGUGGUGUGAAGCCCAGACCAAGAAUGGCCAAGGAUGGGUCCCGAGCAACUACAUCACCCCCGUCAACAGCCUGGAGAAGCAUUCCUGGUACCAUGGGCCUGUGUCCCGCAACGCCGCCGAGUACCUGCUGAGCAGCGGGAUCAACGGCAGCUUCCUGGUGCGCGAGAGCGAGAGCAGCCCCGGCCAGCGGUCCAUCUCCCUGCGCUACGAGGGGCGGGUGUACCACUACAGGAUCAACACCGCCUCUGAUGGCAAGCUCUACGUCUCCUCCGAGAGCCGCUUCAACACUUUGGCCGAGCUGGUUCACCACCAUUCCACGGUGGCCGACGGGCUCAUCACCACCCUCCACUAUCCCGCGCCCAAGCGCAACAAGCCCACGGUCUACGGCGUGUCCCCCAACUACGACAAGUGGGAGAUGGAACGCACGGACAUCACCAUGAAGCACAAGCUGGGCGGCGGCCAGUACGGGGAGGUGUACGAGGGCGUGUGGAAGAGGUACAGCCUCACCGUGGCCGUGAAGACCCUGAAGGAGGACACCAUGGAGGUGGAAGAGUUCCUGAAAGAGGCUGCAGUGAUGAAGGAGAUCAAGCACCCCAACCUGGUGCAGUUGCUCGGGGUCUGCACUCGGGAGCCCCCGUUCUACAUCGUCACCGAGUUCAUGACCUACGGGAACCUGCUGGACUACCUGCGGGAGUGCAGCCGGCAGGAGGUGACCGCCGUGGUGCUGCUCUACAUGGCCACGCAGAUCUCCUCGGCCAUGGAGUACCUGGAGAGGAAGAACUUCAUCCACAGGGACCUCGCUGCCCGAAACUGCCUGGUAGGGGAAAACCACUUGGUGAAGGUGGCCGACUUUGGCCUGAGCAGGCUGAUGACCGGGGACACCUACACGGCCCACGCCGGAGCCAAGUUCCCCAUCAAGUGGACCGCGCCUGAGAGCCUGGCCUACAACAAGUUCUCCAUCAAGUCCGACGUCUGGGCGUUCGGGGUACUGCUCUGGGAAAUUGCUACCUAUGGCAUGUCGCCAUACCCAGGAAUUGACCUGUCCCAGGUGUACGAGCUGCUGGAGAAAGACUACCGCAUGGAGCGCCCAGAAGGCUGCCCGGAGAAGGUCUACGAACUCAUGCGAGCAUGUUGGCAGUGGAAUCCCUCCGACCGGCCCUCCUUUGCUGAAAUCCACCAGGCCUUUGAAACUAUGUUCCAGGAGUCCAGCAUCUCAGAUGAAGUGGAGAAGGAGCUGGGUAAACAAGGCAUGCGGGGGGCUGUGAGCACCUUGCUGCAGGCCCCCGAGCUGCCCACCAAGACGAGGACCUGCAGGAGAGCAGCCGAGCCCAGAGACACCCCCGAUGCGUCUGAGACACCCCACUCCAAGGGCCAGGCAGAGAGCGCUCGCCCCACUGUGUUUCAGAGCCCCCCGACCACGAGCCUGCCGUGUCUCCGGGGCAGCGCCAGCAAGCGCUUCCUGCGGUCCUGCUCCGCCUCCUGCGUGCCACAUGGGGCCAAGGACACCGAGUGGAGGUCGGUCACGCUGCCUCGGGACCUGCCGUCCGCCGGGAGACAGUUCGACUCGUCCACCUUCGGAGGGCACAAGAGCGAGAAGCCGGCCCUGCCUCGCAAGCGCACCAGCGAGAACAGGCCCGACCAGGUGGCCAGGGGCACGGGGACGCCCCCGCCCCGGCUGGUGAAGAAGGGCGAGGAGGCCGCGGACGAGGGCCUCAAGGAUGCCUGGGAGUGCAGCCCGACUCGGCCCUGGCGUGGCCUCAGCGAGGAGUUCUGUCCGUCACUGGCGGGAGCCUGGCAGCACCCGAAGGCUUCAGAGGCGCACUCAUCCAUGUUGAAAGGGUGCCCGCUGAAGUUUUCACACGGUCACCCCUUCUGCCUUCCCACUCGGGUGACAGCCCCGGGGCUCCUGUCUCUUCCCUCCGUAGUCGUCCUCGUGCAGCAACGCCCGUGGAGGGACAGAGGCCGGGGCAUCCGACCGGAGUCCCGCCGUGGGGAGCGGGCCGAGCUUCCCGAUGCCAGCCUGGGAGUUUGCCAGGGGCUCGAGCCCCCCGACCACGAGCCUGCCGUGUCUCCGCUGCUCCCCCGAAAAGAGCGAGCUGCCCCGGACGGAGGCCUGAAUGAGGACGAGCGCCUUCUCUCCAAGGACAGGAAGACCAACCUGGUGAGGAGGCACAGACACACCUCCGAGUCCCCGGGCAGAGACAAGGGGAGGCUGUCCAAGCUCAAGCCCGUGCCGCCGCCCCUGCCCGGCCCCGCGGGGAAGUCUGGGAAGGCCUCGCAGAGCCCCGGCCAAGAGGCCACGGCGGAGGCUGGUGCGAAAACCAAGCCCGCGGGUCUGGUUGUGGAUGCUGUGAACAGUGACGCUGCCAAGCCCAGCCAGCUCAUGGAGGGCCUCAAAAAGCCAGCGCUCCCUUCCGGGCCCAAGCUGCAGUCCGCCACCAAGGCACCAGGGACCCCCACCAGCCCGGCACCCGCCCCCUCCGUGCUGACAGCAGCAUCCUCGGGCCUGGCAGGGGACCAGCCGUCCUCCACCGCCUUUGUGCCCCUCAUAUCCACCCGGGUGUCACUCCGGAAGACGCGCCAGCCCCCAGAGCGCAUUGCCAGUGGGGCCAUCACGAAGGGCGUGGUCCUGGACAGCACGGAGGCGCUGUGCCUGGCCAUCUCCAGGAACUCGGAGCAGAUGGUCAGCCACAGCGCGGUGCUUGAGGCCGGCAAGAACCUGUACACGUUCUGCGUGAGCUACGUGGACUCCAUCCAGCAGAUGAGGAACAAGUUCGCCUUCCGAGAGGCCAUCAACAAACUGGAGAACAACCUCCGGGAGCUGCAGAUCUGCCCGGCGACCGCAGGGGGCGGCCCCGCGGCCACUCAGGACUUCAGCAAGCUGCUGAGCUCCGUGAAGGAGAUCAGCGACAUCGUGCAGAGGUAGCAGCAGCCAGGGCGCAGCAGCUGGCCCUGUGGGCCCAGCCCCACUACCUACGUCCUACGCCUCUGGCUCCCUCGACCAUGCGGUGGUCCUCACGCUGCGGCUGGAGGCCCACCCUGGACUGUGCUCACCUGGCUGGGGCCCCCGAGUGCCGUGGACGGAGCUCUGGGGACCCCUCUCCCGGAGACCCUCCGCUGGCUGUGCCUUCUGUGUCGCACCCCCACCCCGGGCGUCGGACGCCCCCGUGAGAGCCCCUUCCUGGGAGGGUGUGCCCACCAGCGCCCCCACCCGUCACUCCACGCUCCGGGCCGGCUCGCUGGAUCUCCUCGCGUGGAGGAUGCGGAGGUUGGAGGGGAGCACGGGGUGCAAACUAACUAGCCUCUGAGCCCCGUGGGUCUGGGCCCAGCUCUCGCUCCCCCGUGUGUGCUGCGAAUCCUGGCUUGAGUCCUGAGGGUGGCAGCGGCUUCCGACCAGGCUCUCGCCCUCCUUGCUCCUCUGAGAUGGCACGGGCGGUUGCCUUCAGGGCUGCCCGAGACCAGACAGCCUCCCGGCCGGCCCA